CGCAGUAUUCCUAGAUAAACAAAGUACUCGUAGCCUUUGCUGACGUACGGGAGUGGCCAUGGCUUCGCAGGUCCUGAACGCAGCAGCUCCGUGUGCGCUCUCAUCUUCUUCAGGUCUGUUAUUUGGUCCGCUUUCAAAAUCAAAAUCCAACGUCUACCAGUUUAAAAUAAGCUGCGGACCCAGAGACAACCGUGGCCCACUGGUUCGUGGCCGAACCCUGAGUACGGAGGCGAUGCUGGCCGUCCAGACCCUAAAGCGCGCAUCUGCCCGAGAGAGCAACGAGGACGACAUAAUCUGCAAGACCUUCCUCCGCCUCGUCAAACCCGACCUUCUCGCCUCCCUCCGGGAGCUCCUCAGACAGAACCAUUGUCAUCUUGCCCUCAAGGUUUUCGCGGCGGCUCGUCGAGAGCUUUGGUACCAGACUGAUUACUCCUUAUAUGCAGAGAUGGUUUCUGCAUUGGCGAAGAAUGGUAUGACACCGGAGAUUGAUUGUCUGGUGUCGGAUUUAUUGGAGGAGAGCUUUUAUGCUGGCGACAAUCGAGGGCUUGCCCGGCUAUUCAAGGUGCUGAUUGGAGCCAAUCAGGCAAAAUCGGUGGUCAAUAUUUACGGGUUAAUGAAGAGAGGGAAUGGUGAACCAGAUGUGUACAUAUUUAAGGUUGUGUCCAAAGGGCUGAGGAGAUUGGGAGAAACGAGUGCUGCUGAUGAGGUUGAUAAGGAUUUGGAGUGCUUCUUGGAUGGAAAGCUCAGGAGGAGUUAUUUUUCUGAUUGAGUGGGGCCCAUGAUUCAGCGGUCCAACUGUUUGAUAUGAUGCACCCCGCUGGGGAUGGCCCAUCCGCCAGAAUUCUCCAAGAUGGAAUUCUAACCCUUCAGUUGGUGACCAGCAAAGUAGAUAGUUAAGAAACAAACUACAUAGCAUUCCCUGGUCAACCAAAUUAAGGUAAAAAAUUCAAUGGAUAGUAUCUUCCAAUCUUGGAGAUUUUCUGCAUCUGUGAUUUCCAAUUGGUUCCAACAUUUUAAUAGUUAGAACAGAAAUGCUGAGGCACUUUACAUAAUAGAUCGUAGAGGUGAUUUGCUUCAUAUGUCAA